CAAUUCAGGACCAUUUAAGCCUCCUAUUUCUGGUGGAACUAAUUUAACGUAUGCCACUACUGCCAUCAACCUUUCGGAAUAUGGAUUUCUUUAUUGAAUACAUACACAAACGUAUGCCUCAAAUGUUUCCCCUGCCGGAGAUGUUCUUGCGCCUAGUUUCUGGAUUGGUCUAAAUUCUCCCGCGAAAUAUACGUCACGCAAGCGAUUUUGCGCCACUCGGUGUCUCUUUGGAAAGAAGCUUCGUAGACGUGAGAGGUCAAGAUGUCGUCUCCAUCCUCCAGUGCCCGUAAACGUGUCAGAAGUAGCAACCCAUCUACUCCUGCUAGCGAGGACCCUCUAACCCCACGGCCCCACGGGGCCCAGGAGUCCUCAACAGGAGAGCUGCAGCCCCUGCCCACCUCACCUGGCACAGACCUGCAGAGUCUAGCCCCGCAGGACACCUCACUCUUCUCCAGCCCUGUACCUCGGCGCUCUGUUUCACAGAGUGAAGUGGACGCAAGUUCUCCACUUAUCUAUGACACACCCAGCCGUGGAACUCCGGCCAGGCAGCGUCCCGACCUCGGUUCUGUCAGAAAAGCCCCGCAGGUGGACCUGUGCUCUGAGCCUCCAUCGGGAGACGUUACGGCCCCCAGUGAGCAGAAUGCCGGGCAGAAACUUGUCAUAUGGGGCACUGACGUCAAUGUGGGAACCUGUAAGGAGAAGUUUCAGCGUUUCCUGCAGCAGUUCAUUGACCCCACCUCACGUGAAGGUGAGAACGUUAGUCUGGAUCUGAAUGAACCUCUCUACAUGCAGAAACUGGAUGAGAUCAGUGUUGUUGGGGAGCCGGUGCUGAAUGUGAACUGUGGUCAUGUUCAGGCCUUUGAUGCCGACCUGUACCGACAGCUCAUCUGCUAUCCUCAGGAAGUAAUCCCCACUUUCGAUAUGGCAGUCAAUGAACUGUUCUUCGACCGUUUCCCUGAUUCUAUCCUGGAGCAUCAAAUCCAAGUGCGUCCCUACAGUGCCUUGAAGACCAGGAACAUGCGUAGCCUCAACCCUGAGGACAUCGACCAGCUCAUUACUAUCAGUGGCAUGGUGAUCCGCACCUCCCAGCUGAUCCCAGAAAUGCAGGAGGCGUUUUUCCGCUGCCAGGUGUGUGCAUUCAGCACGCAAGUGGAGGUGGACCGAGGACGCAUAGCUGAGCCUGCAGUUUGUCGCAACUGCAACACCACCCACAGCAUGGCUUUGGUGCACAACCGCUCAGUCUUUUCUGACAAACAGAUGAUCAAGCUCCAGGAAUCUCCAGAGGACAUGCCCGCUGGUCAGACCCCGCACACCACUGUAGUGUAUGCCCACAAUGACUUGGUGGACAAAGUACAACCUGGAGAUCGGGUGAACAUUACAGGCAUUUACAGAGCGGCACCCAUGCGAGUCAACCCACGCCAGAGCCAGGUGAAGUCUGUGUACAGGACCCACUUCGACGCCAUCCACUUUCGCAAGACAGACGAGCGGCGUCUGCACGGCCUGGAUGAGGAGAAUGAGCAGAGACUCUUCACGGAGGAGCGUGUAGCCACGCUCCGCGAGCUCGCAGCCAAGCCUGACGUCUAUGAACGGCUCUCGUCUGCCCUCGCGCCCAGCAUCUAUGAACAUGAGGACAUCAAAAAGGGAAUCCUGCUACAGCUGUUUGGUGGCACACGGAAGGACUUCAGCCAGACGGGUCGUGGCAACUUCCGCGCUGAGAUCAACAUCCUGCUGUGUGGUGAUCCGGGCACCAGCAAGUCGCAGCUGCUGCAGUACGUGUUCAACCUGGUGCCCCGUGGGCAGUACACAUCAGGCAAAGGCUCCAGUGCUGUGGGCCUCACCGCGUACGUGACAAAGGACCCGGAGACACGGCAGCUGGUGCUCCAGACUGGCGCGCUUGUGCUCAGCGACAACGGCAUCUGCUGCAUUGAUGAAUUCGACAAGAUGAGCGACAACACACGCUCUGUACUGCAUGAAGUCAUGGAGCAGCAGACCCUCUCCAUUGCCAAGGCUGGAAUCAUUUGUCAGCUGAAUGCACGGACCUCUAUCCUGGCAGCAGCCAAUCCUGUGGAGUCGCAGUGGAACCCCAAAAAAACCACCAGAAAUAUCCAGCUGCCUCACACACUCCUCUCCAGGUUUGAUCUGAUUUUCCUGAUGCUGGACCCGCAGGAUGAGGCAUAUGACCGGCGUCUGGCACACCACCUGGUGGCCCUCUAUUACCAGAGUGAAGAGCAGGUGGAGGAGGAGUACCUGGACAUGGCCGUCCUUAAGGAUUACAUUGCCUAUGCCCGCACUUGCGUCAGUCCGAGGCUAAGCGAGGAGGCCAGUCAGGCGCUUAUUGAGGCCUACGUGGACAUGAGAAAGAUUGGCAGUGGGAGGGGGAUGGUAUCUGCUUACCCUCGCCAGCUGGAAUCUCUGAUCCGGCUGGCUGAAGCUCACGCCAAAGUGCGCUUCUCUGACAAAGUGGAGACCAUUGAUGUGGAAGAAGCCAAGAGACUGCACCGAGAGGCUCUGAAACAGUCUGCCACUGAUCCCAGAACAGGCUUUGUGGAUAUCUCCAUCCUCACUACAGGUAUGAGUGCUACAGCCCGGAAGCGUAAGGAGGAAGUAGCACAGGCUCUGAAGAAACUCAUCCAGUUGAAGGGAAAAACACCAGCCUUGAAAUACCAGCAACUGUUUGAUGAUCUUCGUGCACAGUCAGAGGCUGCCAUAACGAAGGACAUGUUUGAUGAGGCCCUUAGAGCACUUGCAGAUGAGGACUAUUUAACAGUGACGGGGAAAACCGUGCGUCUGCUUUAAAUCUUAACACUCACUAGGAUUUCUCCUUCCUGAUUUAACUCUGCUGCUUUAUUUUGUCUGUAGAGCAAUGCUUUAUUAUAGAGUUGAUUUUGUUUGAAGACUUGUUCUGGUUUGCAAUUAAAACUGCUGAUUUUUGUCUG